CUGUCGGAUGGGGGAGGGGCUGUUGCCAUGCAAAACAUUACAGCGUGAAAAGCUGUCAACUAGAUUUUAGCCCAGCCUGGCACGUUUCUACUCUAGAUUACUUUAGUCGCUUGUGCUGCUACUCAUCAACACAUGCAGCUGAGCAACUGCCUAUCUUACCCACUGUGAUUGGAUACAGUGAGGGAGCAGGGGCUUAUGUAGUUCCGACUUCUGCCGCAAGGUGGCAGUGUUGUGUUUGGGAAGCCUUUUAACGUUUUGAUGGUAAGUACUCUUUGGUUUGAUGGUAAGCGUUCCUUUCCGGAUGUUUCGCCAGAGUUAAGGCAAGAAUGGCUGCGAUGUUUACGUGUUGUUUUGGCUGCUGCGGAGAGGGCGGAUCGGGGCAUAUUCCCCUCAAAGAGAUGCCCACUGUUCAGCUGGACACUCACCACAUGGGCACUGAUGUUGUCAUUGUGAAGAGUGGUCGGAGGAUAUGUGGCACUGGAGGCUGCCUGGCCAAUGCGCCUUUGCACCAGAACAAAAGUUAUUUUGAGUUUAAGAUCCAGUCCACUGGUGUGUGGGGAGUAGGUGUGGCCACCCAGAAAGUGAAUCUUAACCAAGUGCCUUUAGGCAGAGACACAAACAGCCUGGUUCUGAGGCACGAUGGGUCUGUGUACCACAAUAAUGAAGAGAAGAAUCGGCUACCUGCGAACAGCCUUCCCCAGGAGGGUGACAUUGUGGGAAUCACAUAUGACCACGUGGAGCUGAAUUUAUAUCUGAAUGGAAAGAACAUGCACUGUCCUGCCUCAGGAAUCCGGGGCACUGUAUACCCCGUUGUUUAUGUGGAUGACAGUGCCAUCUUAGACUGCCAGUUUAGUGACUUCUAUCACACACCUCCACAAGGAUUUGAGAAGAUCCUCUUUGAACAACAAAUCUUCUAAAAGAGCACCUCAGCUUCUGUUUGUGUUGCCGCCUUCCUCUGAAUCUCAUAGCAACCUCUGUGACACUACAGUUAGACUUUUAUUGAAUAUUAUUGUUAUUUGUGGCUUAGGCGCAUCUUAUUUUUCCUGAUUACCCAGUCUUUUUUUUACUGUUGCUCUUGGACCAGUGAUGGAGUGUCCUUGAAAAGGGGUGGGUUUGAUCAUUGCUCUGCUAUGAUGGGGGUUUCACUGUCUGUGCAGGGAGAAAACUGUAAAAUAACUGCCUUGUAUCAGUGGUAAUCAGACUUGUUAACUAAAUCAUUUUUAAGUUGCUGCUCACAUCCACAGUGUGUCUAUAGAUACCAGGCUAAGGAUGCAAUGGUAAAAUGUUUCCAUAUUUCAGGAUCAGAAGCCAUGUUUUAUUCACACUGCUUUAUUCUGCUUUUUUGAGCAUGUAAUCUGCUCAAUGCUUUACUCUCAUCUCAGCAUACGUUGUAUAUUUAUUUGUAUUUAUUUCAGUUCUAAAUCAAAAUUAUGUUGUUUUUUUUUUGUGUCACAAACAUGUAUUUUUACCUUUGGCCAUCAAGAGUUUGAUGGAUUAAUGAAGAGUCAGUAAACGUGGAAAUAUGGACACCUUCCUGUCAUGUCACCAUAGAGAGAUGGUUUAAAAACACUAAACACAAGCAAACAGGUUCACAUUCCAGGUGAUGUCCUGUGUUUCACAUGUCUGGCAGUGCUUGGAAAUGUUAAGUGUCAGAUAUUUCUUAAAUGGCUGAAACUAGCAAUGGGAGGAAAAGGAUCAUUUUUCACAUUACCACUCUGAAUAGCCCCUUUCUCAUCCUGAAAUCUUACAGUGUAUUUAUUCUAUCAGGAUAGUACCAGAGCUGACGCUGGUUGUCUCUGAUCAGAGAUAUAUCUACAAAUGUCAAUCUGUUGUGUUGUAUUGGCAUUGCAUAUCUGCUGCUGAAGUCUAACAGUCAAAUAUUUCAAACGCUUGUCUCUGUUUGCACUAAUGAUGUUAUUGUAUGAUUCCAAAUGUUGAUUCAUUAAACUUUUGUGUUUGAAA